AUGGGCCCGGCGUCCCCGGUCCCGGGGCCGUCCAUGCCAAAGCGCCGCGCGGGCAGCGCGGCCGCGGUGCUGGACGACGGGCGGAUGAUGAUCAUCGGAGGGUACACGGAGCAGGGCAUUGCGCAGGGCCUUCUGGCCAGCUGCGAUGUCUUUGAUCCCGCCACCGAGCAGUGGACUGAGGAUGGCGCUGCGCCCUUGUCGCGGGCGCGCUGGGGCCACGGCUGCGCCUGCUUGCAGGGCAAGGUCUACGUGGUGGGAGGCUGCUCCCUGCAGUUAGAAGCACAGGCUCAGGAGGCCUUUAUGGUCACGCUGCGGCAUUGCGAGAUUUACCUCCCCAAGGAGAAUCGGUGGAUCGCCACAGCUCCUCUGCAAAUCGCCAGAUCUGGCACACGAGUAGUGGCGCUAGACGACAGCCACCUGGCGGCCAUCGGGGGCUGCGACGACGUCUUCGGGCGCGCGGAGACGCAACCCACCGCGCGAGGCAGCAACUGCCACCUGGGCUACCCACUGGUGACAGGCUAA